AUGAAGCUAGAAGCUGUAACUGAUUAAAAAGACAAGAAGAACAAUUUAUAUCAGAGCGAAUAGUAAAUCCAUUUACUUGAUCAAAAGGCUUUAAAUGAGCUCCUGAACUUAAAUGUCUAUUAAUUGGCUCAAGCUAAAACAUUUCAAUCACCUGGCAACAACAAAAGGAAAAAUAGCGAUGAAGAUAUUUAUGUAGAGGAGACUUUGCUGUUUUCAUAUGAUCCAAAUUUGGCAUCCUAAAAUUCUGAUGGAGGAGCUACCCCGAGAAAGCUUAGUGGCAAUUUAGCAUCAACUCAAACUCUCAAUACAUUGAUAUAAUAAGUUGAGACUUUAAGAUAAAAUAUAUUGAUUGAAGUCCAUAAAUGGAAUGAAGUGGAGGACGAUGAAUUUGAUAAGUCUUUGCUUCAAAGAAUGAUGAGCGAUGAAUAUGUUGAUGAGGAAAUCGAUAAACUUUUAGAGACUCUAAGUACGACAAUAAAAAUGAACGCUAAUAAUCUUGGAGGAGACUUCAUUGAAAAUGAUAUCAGACUAUCUGAAUCAAUCAGAGAUUCUCUUGAUGAAAUAAAGAUGAUGUAAAGAGCACCUAAUAACAAAUCAGGAAUUAUUGAGAGAAGGAGAUUUCUUUAAAGAUAUAUGGAAGUGGCAGAGCUAUUAGGGGUUAGCCUUACUGUUGAGCAUUUACUUCCUGCACUUAAUGAAGUUGUAAGCCUAAUUCUCAGGAUAAUUCAUAUAUAGUUCAAAUAAGAUGAUGGUUAGAAUGACAAAGACUACAUAAAAUUGAUAUUCGCAAAUCUGAAAAGACUCAUUGACUUUUUAGCCUCAGUAUUUUAAUCCAAAUAUUUAAUCAGUUUUUAUUAGAGCAAGAUUACAGAUGGAUAUAAUGGAAUCAGAGAUUUUAUAAUGCCAUUCUUUAAUCAUUUCUUUCAAUCAGAUAAAAUUGAUGAGACUAUUAAGCAAGAAUUAUAGUAAGAAGUGAUUUCACUUCUAGUAGAAGUUUCUAAAAUAAUGACUCAUGAAGAUAGAGCAGAGAAGGUUCUACCAAUAAUAUUAGAAAACAUUAGAGAUGAUAGCGAUGAAGAGAGAAGAAUCCUAGGAUUGGAAUUAGUUGAUAGACUUGCCGAAUAAAUGGGAAAAGAAAUUUGCCAGAGUUUUCUAAUGUAUGAAAUCGUGUCACUUUAGGAUGAUCCUAUCUACAGAGUCCGCAAAGAAACAGUAAUGAGAAUGAUAAAUAUCUCCAAGGUGCUAGGCAAGGAGAUAUUCUUAGGAAUUCUAUUUCCUGUAUUUAAGAAACUCGCUGGUGACUAAAUUUGGGGUGUAAGGAGAUCUGCAGUGGAGUAAUUACCAUUUAUAUCAAAUCUCUGUCCAAUAGAAAUUAAAAAUGGCAUACUAAUUGAAAUGUUUAAAAAGUUCUCUUAAGAUUCAUCAAAAUGGGUUAAAAUGGCAACUUUCCAAUUUCUAGGACCUUUUAUUGCUUCUUAUGAGGGCAUUGAUCCAAAUCCACUUCUUGUUGACUAUUAUAUAAAUAUGUGCGAAUAAAACAAAAGUCCUCAGCCAGAUAAUGAAGUCCCCUAUCACUGUGCCUAUAAUUUCCCAGCUGUCUUAUAAACUCUAGGGGCAAAAUCUUGGACAAAGCUACAGCCAGUUCAUGACUUAUUAGUUAAAGACAGCAGAAUAAAAGUUAGAAGAACACUAGCAUUUAGUUUACAUGAGAUUGCUAAAAUCCUUGGGCCAGAAAUUGCAGAGAGAGAGCUUAUGCCUGUUCUAAAUCUCUUUUUAAGAGAUUAGAUUGAAGUUAAAGAAGGUGUUACAGAGAAUUUGCCUAAAUUCAUAGAAGUUUUAAAACCUGAACAAAGAGAGACUUACAUUGAUAAGUUAGCUCAAACAUAAAUAGAUCCAUCUCAAUGGAGAAAAAGAGUAAUAUAAGCCACACAGGUUAGAAAAUUUUCAAAGAUCUUCUCUUCAGUAAAUGUCAAUAAAUAUUAUGUACCGAUUUUUUUCUUGCUCUGCUAGGAUCAAGUAGCUGAAGUGAGAAUAGAAGCUGCCAGAGCUGCUAAAAACUUAGCUUAUAAACUAAAUGAAAAUGAAGAACUAUUUACAUAAUUCAUCAGCAAAGUUAUUCUCUUAAAAUAAUCUAAUAGAUACAACCUCAGAUAAACUUUCAUUUACAUUUGUGAAUCAAUGAUGAAUGCAAAAGAACUAUUCUAGAAAUAUCUAAUUAAAGACUUUUGCGAUCUAUAAAGGGAUAGAAUAAUAAAUGUAAGAAUGGUUCUAAGUGAAGUGCUAGAUAAUCAUUAUAAAAAGCAUGAAAAUGGUGGUCUUAUUUAGGAACUUAAGGAACUUAGACUAAUGAUGAAACAUCUCAAACUGGAUAUUCGUGAUGUUAGUGACAUUCUAGCUGAUAUUAAUGUUGUAAUGCAAGAAGGUGAUGAAUAAGAUGAAAUAAAGCUAUAUGAGUAGGAUUUACCUUAGCAAUAAGAGACCUAAAUUGAGGUAUCUCAAAAUAUCUUAUUAUAGGAUAGUCCUAAUAAAAAAAGUGAGCUAGAGUAAAAAAUCCAUGAAUUAGAUAUUUAAGUCAAUGAUAAGUAAACAAUGCCCUAAGAUUUAUCUGAAACAUAGGAAUCACAGAUUUAAAUUGAAGAAUUCCAAGUUAAUUUGCUAUAAAUGAGUAUUGAAGUUGAGAUCUCUCAGUAGACGGAGGUUAAAACCGAAUAGUAAAAUGAUAAAUCAGAAAUUAUUGAAGGAGAUGAAGUACUAUUGAGUUAUUGA